AUGUCAGAGCGAGAGAUAUCCCAAGCUCUCCACUCCCUCCUUCACGACUAUUCCACUUCCCAGUACCAAUCCUCCGUCGCCGGCCCUCUCACCUCCAUGAACGUCGUCGUCCACCACCUCCAGUCCAAACUCGGCGUCGACCUCUCCCCCAAGCUCGACUUCAUCCGAUCCCAGCUCCAGCAAUUCUUUUUCCAGCAACCUCAUCCACCGCUGCUGCACCAACAGCAGCAGCAACCUUUUCCUCCUUCGCUGCCGUCUUACAAAGAUAGUUAUGCCCCUCACCAACCCUCUCCCAAUUUCCUCCUCUCUUGCAGGUACCCUCCGACGCACCAAAUCCCCAAUUUCUUGCUCUCUUCCGGCUACCCACCUUCGCCUCAGCAGCAGCAGCACAAACCCUUUCCUCCGCCCUCUUACAAUGACCGUUUUGCCCCCGACCAAACCCCCAACUUCUUCCUAUCUUCUGGCUUCCCUCCAUCUCACUCCCCCGACUCCGUCCAUUUGGAAUCCCUUGCACCUGCUGGUGCUCCCCUCAAGUCUCCUAAGGAGAAUAAUAAGGGUAAGAGGAAAGACGAGGCGGGUGGUUUGAACAAUCUCUCCCUGCUCUCUGCACUCUUAUUUGUUUGA